AUGGCCGAAUAUAAGAACCUUCCCGACUUCGACAGUCUCCCCACUGUCGAAGGCGUUCCGCACUGCUCCUGGGGACUGUUUGACAAAGAUGGCAAGAAGGACGUGUUGGGCUGCAUCAACUUGUUGACCCCUGAAGUGGUCAAGGAGGCAUACAAGGAGGCUCGGGACGGGGUUUCCAUCUCUCUCAACUGGCCACUGGGGGCUCUCGCCCAGCCCGGGUUUGCUCGCAAGGGUAUUGAGCACAAGCCCUUCAACGCUUUUAAAGACCACGGGAUCCACUGCUUCGAUGACGAGAUCGCCUUCAACACCCAAAGCUCUUCUCAGUGGGACGGCCUGGUCCAUUUUGCCCACCAAGGCUCAGGACUUAACUACAAUGGCGCCAAAGCCACGGAGGAGAACCUGCUCCAACACUUCGGCGAGAGCGACACUGAAAAGACGCUGCCCUCUUUGAAUCACUGGCUCGACCGUGGUGGGCUAGUUGGUCGCGGGAUCCUGCUCGACUACAAGGAAUACGCGGCGGCCAAAGGGAUCAAGUACAGCCCUUUUGAAAACCACACCAUCACCAUUGAGGAUCUGGAAGCGGUGGCGAAGCACCAGGGCACCGAGUUCAAAUUUGGAGACAUCUUGCUCGUCCGAACUGGCUUCACGGAUGACUUGGGAUCAGCGUCGGCCGAGGAACAAGCACAGCUGCUCUCUACCCAUCAAGCUGUGGGCGUCGCAGGAUGUAAAGCCACGGCCUGUUGGGUUUGGAAUCAUCAUUUUGCCGGUGUGGCAAGCGACAACAUCGGCUUCGAAGUGUGCCCCCCCGCCAUCGAGGAAGAGAACAACAGGGUGGGAUCGCUCGCGGAACUUGUCCUCCAUCAAUACUUUUUGUCCGGCUUUGGUCUCAACAUUGGUGAGCUCUGGGACCGCAAGGCCCUUGGCGAGCACUGCAAGAAAGUCGGUCGCUAUGAGUUCCUCCUGAGCAGCUGCCCACUCAAUGUCUGGGGCUCUGUGGCGAGCCCUCCUAACGCCCUUGCCAUGUUCUGA